AUGUCUUGCCCUGGUGCCCGCGCCCUCGCUCCUCGUCCACAGCUUGUGGACUACAACCACUCCCCUCCUGGCCCAAGCCACCACCGCCCCCUCAACCUCCGCUUCCUCUCCUCCCAGGAGUGUGUGCCCGACCAGGGCAAGGUGGUGCUGGUUCCGUUCGGUGCGCCUGGCUCGUCUACCUCCCAGGAGGUUAAGACGCUUGUGCUUCGGUUCGCAACCGAUGCCUUGCUCGCCCAAGGUGUAUGUACUUCCACUCGCUUCUCUCCUUCUAGAAAUCCAAGAAUGAUGGCUAAUAUUGCGUGUUUGCGCGUCACAGUGGUCGGGCAACCACCUCGUGCUUCCCCGGCAGGCCCAGCUCUGCUACCCCUCUGGCCUCUGGGUCAGCAUCACCGACUGGGAGGGUGAUGAGGUUUCUCCAGCAUUGGAGAACCUCAUUGCCCAGGGGGGCUGCGUUACGUUCGACGUGAUGGUCGGACGUAACUCAAUUCUUCGCGAAGACGGCGCCGUUGGACCCGCCUUCGCCUCCCCUGCCACUGGCACCUUGGCUCCUGGUGCGAUUCGCGUGGUUGCUGGCGCCUCGCCUUAA